AUGAACUCCAGCCCCUGUGGUGAUGACAAGUUACCCAGCCACCCUCUCCAGCGGCCCACAGGCUGUGCCAGUGGGUUGGGUCCCCAGCGGAGAAAGAGGACCACUUUCAGUGUUGGGCAGUUGCUGGAGCUGGAACGGGUCUUUGCAGCUAGGCCCUAUCCCGACAUCAGUACCCGUGAGUACCUGGCCCAGGUAACUCACCUGCCUGAAGCCAAGAUCCAGGUGUGGUUCCAGAACCGCCGAGCCAAGAGAAUCAAGAACAGAAAGCCAGGAGCCCUAAACCCUAGGCUGGAGCUUCCUCCAAACGCCUCUUCUCUUCCAGACACUCCCCAGCAACCCUGGGACCCUGGUACACCAGGCCAGCCUCUACACCUCACCAGUUCAGCUCAGCAGGCUUCAGCAGGCCCACAGACCUCCUGUGGAGCUCCCAGCUUGGGUCCAGGGCAGGGUGGAGCAGAGGCUAAAGCUGCAGCCCCAUGGGGACCAAGUGGGGCUUUAGGGGUUCACCCUUUUUUAGAGCAAAUUGUUCCUCAGACCUCACUGAGCAGCCUAUCUGACCUUAUCUAUACCUCAGCUGUUGUCACCAAUAGAGAUCACUCUUAAUUUAGCUGUAGAGCACUUAGGAGUUUGGCUCUGGCUCUUGUAGCACUCUCCAUCUCUCCUGGAGAGUAAGAAUUCCUGCCUCUUUUUACACAGUGAAUGUUCUCUAAGAGUCUAGCUCAGAGACUCAUCCCUUCAUUCCCAACCUCCAGCAACCUAGCUGAAGGUCCCGUGCAUUGGCUAGAGCCUAGCUCUUACUACCUGGCAGCCUGGUCAUUUUCGAGGCAUAUGCCCAUUAUCUCAUCAGGAGGUAUCGCCAAGGUAAGGGACCAUGUUGUCGACCUCUACCGCCAGGCUUGGCUCCCCCAUUCCCAUUAUCUUAGCUGAUGAUCUCUUCCCUCUGAAGGGGCAGCCACCACCUGUCAGGGCCUUAUCUAUGAGGCAGGGGAAGGGUACUGUUCCUGUGCUGGACUGCUGGGAGACACACCUUUUCAUGGUUCAGAGCCCCAUUGCCUGACUUCCUGCCACCUGGACAAAUUAAUCGGAAUUGUGGAUUUGAAGAGGGAAUGAUAUUAAAGUUACAGAAAUAGAAGCCCAAAGAUCAGAUUGGCUGUCCUCUGAUGUGGGCUGUGGGGACAACCUGACAAACCUGGGGAGGGGGUGUGGUAGCCUUGGGCUUUUUGUAUCACUGUCAUCUGUAAUGCCAACUAAUCUCCAAAUAAAACAAAACUCUUUACUUUAA